AUGCUGGUUCUCUUUGCUCUCGCCUCGUUGCCCUUUCUGGCAGUGUCCAAAAUCACCCGUGACCAGUUUGAAAUUCAAGCCCGGGUUCUGGUCGGACGCAAUCCUUGUGACGGUCUCAACUACUCUCAUAUUACACUUUACGAGGACUACUCAGAGCCUCUGUGUCCGGCUCCCAAACAUCUCGAUGCACAGGGUGAGUGUGAGGACUAUGCCAACGCCGAACAAGACUGUGCAAGUUUCUGUCAGCUCACAACGACGUAUAUUUGGGGCCGCGAGUCGCCGUUCUUCAAGUCGGAAUGUCACUACCCCAUGCGCUGUGAGCUCCGCGAGACAGACUCAACUAUGUGGACCCUGGAAGGAUACAUUGCUGGGGAUGUGCAGUUCCGGAAGGCCCUUGAAGCUGGCAUUACAGGCGGCGUCGGAUCGUCGUCCGGACAUGCUAAAGAUCACAGCUGGUCCAUCACGCCUCUGCUCGGAGAGUGUGGGUAUUUCACUUGGGUACCAAUCACAAAGCGGACCUGCGGCACACUGACCAGCAGUCUCAAAGUUGGCACUUCAGAAGAUGGAUGGACGUGCCUCAAUAAAACAACAACCGUCCAAGACAUCUGCCAUGACCAAGUUUGGUAUCUUGAGGGAGGGCCUGAUGGUGUCGUACGCGACCAUGAUCCCAGAACAUUUCGGAUACAUUUCACUAACAAGAAAACUACACCUCAGGUGAUCUGGGUCCGUACCAACUGUUCAACUGGUGAGCCCUUGGGAUUUCAGAGCCAGGAUCCCGUGUACAACUCUCCAGAAGUUUCACUCUACGCAUACUCGAGCUCCACCAUGUUCGACGGCUGGUCUACCAACACUUGUGUCAUGACUAACAUUAAAUCUGUAAGCGAUGGAACCUGGUUCAAUCUAGAAAUCCAGGCCCGGGGGCUGCAGCUGGGAAUGGUUGGAAACAAUGGAGAAGUCCUCUUCCGCAGGGUCAAUGCUUGUGGAGAUAUCAGCUCUUGGAACUUCACUUGGGCUGAUGUAGCCUACCCCAAUUCGACUUGGGACAUGGCAGCCAAUAGCACACUCUUCGUCAAAAAGGGCGUUUCGAAAGCCUGCAUUGGAACAGCCCUGGAGCAAGCAGGUGGGGUGGCAGAUAAUUGCGUUUAG